AUGCCCGUGUUCCAGGUCGCGAUUUGCCGUGAGCAUCGGAACGUAGUAACAGCCAAGUCCAUCGUAGCGCACGUCAAUUCGUACCACCGCCACUUGACCGCGCACGUUCGGCGGCGCAUCGCGGCGGAGGCGUCGGCGUUACGGGAUAGCGGUUCGUUAGCCGCCGACACCAGUGGGGUCCAAUUCCCCAGCAACGUCGUGCCGGCGAUCGACGGAUUGCCCGUGUGGAGCGAUGGCAAGAAGUGUAUACAGUGUGCGUAUAUCCGGCGUACGAGGCAGGACAUCCAGAGGCAUUGCCGGUCAGCGCAUGGUUGGAUCAACCCGAGAGGGCGUGGUAGGAAGCCCGGGGCAGGGCCGGUAGGUGGGUUAGGCGAGGUGUGGGUGGACGGUAUCCAUUGCCAACGAUUCGGCCGGACGGGCGCGCUGCAGCGUUUGUUCGAGGUAACGACGCCGGCGAACGCGGCCGUACGCGGGAGCAGGGGAGAGACGGCCGAUUUUCAAGCCGCCAUCCGCGCCGAGUUCGAGGCGGCGGCGCGGGCCAUCAAGGAGAAGGACGAGGCGGCAGCGGCGCUGAUCGGCGACCAGUCGAGGUUGUCGGCCAACAUGUGGGUGCGGCGGACGGGGUGGCCGCGGCAUUUGCGCGGGUUUGACCGCGAGUGGUUGGCAACGACGAUACGGCGGCCCGUGGUGGAGGAGGAGGAAGAAGUAGAGGAGGGGAACGGGGAGGGGGGCGGAGAGGACGGAGAGGAUGGAGAGGAGGUUGGAGGGCAGGGUGGGGAUAGGGAUAGAGAUGGCAGCGCCCGCAGCGAAGCCGCGUUGGCCGUCGUAUGGUUGGCCGUGGAAAGGGUGAUUUGGCGGGCGCAGAAGGCGUCGCAGGUCGAGGUGGUCGGGUCGGCGGCGGUGAAUUACAUCGAGCGGCGGGAGGUCGGCGGCGAGACGAACGAGAAGCCGUUCAACGCGGCGCAGAAGGGCACGACGAUGAUCAAGUACAGCGAGUCGUGGAAAGCGCUGAUGGCGUAUAUAUGGCGGACGUGGCGUUUGGAGCCGGUCGACGAGGGGGAUGAAGGGGAGGGAGAUGGGGACGAAGGGGACGAUGACGAGGGAGACGAGGGAGAGGGAGACGAUGAUGAGGGAGACGAGGGACACGACGGAGAGGGAGACGAGGGAGACGAGGGAGGCGACGGACACGGCGGAGUAGCGGGAGACGGCCAGCAGCAACAAGCCGGCAUCCGCGACCAACGGCCGGCGUACCAUUUCACCGCCCAGCAGGCGAAGACGUUCGACCAGGUACGUACGGCGGCGUACGCCAUACCGAGGAGCGAGGACCCCGACACGGGCGAGCUCGAGGGCCACGUGCUGGACUUUUUUAUCGCGUUGUUGGACCACGACGUGGGCGACAACGAGUACCAGAACGCGUUGUACAGCGGGUUGGCCGUGCUAGGGAUCCAGCCGGAGCAGGGAUGGCGGAGCGCGUUGUCGUACACAUCGGUGUUGUCGGCGGUGGUAACGGUGGCGCGCAUGUUGGUGUUGUACAAGGCCAAGCGGGCGCGCGAGGACGAGAUCCGGCAGCGGCGGCAGGUGGCGGGCGAGAGCGAGGCGGAGGCGCGGCGGCGGGCGCGGAGCCAUUUCGACCGGGUGCGGGAGAUGGUACAGCGGUUCAUGACGAUCAUCGCGUACGACGGGCGGCCGUCGCCGAUGGAUUCGGUAUUGCGGUUGCGGGCGUACGGCAAGGCGAUCCGGGCGAAUACGAACGCGGACGGGGUCGUGGACUGGCACGGGGACGAGUUGUUGUUGGGCCACGUGCAGUUCAGCAUGGCGUCGUUGCGGGCGAUGAUCCACGGGUUGUUGCAUUCGGCGCGGGUGCAGUUGCGCCGGUCCGUGUUGUUGUUGGACGUGGACGAGGAGGGCGAGGCGGCCGGGGGGGGCGGGGGGUUCACGGUAGGCACGGCGGCGACAGGGACGACAGCGGCGACGGCAUGGCCGGCGAUCCAGUGGGACCGGUUGGUAGACAACGCGGCCGAGACGAGGACGGGGUGGAGUUUUGUGGAGGACCGGCGGAACGAGGCGGCGUUCGGGGGCGUGGACGGGAAGACGUGGUUGGCCGGGCGGGUGGCCAGCGAGGCGCGGUUGCAAGGCGAGUUUUUUCGGGCGGCCGAGGGCGCGGGCGAGAGGCCGCGGUGGCGGAUGGAGCGGGUGUACGAGUACGGUAAGGCGAUGAAGGCGUUCCGGGAGCAGCUGUUGGUGUUGAUGCACAUGAGCGGCGGGCAGCCGGCACGCGGGACCGAGUUGGUGACGGUGCAGUAUAAGAACGGGGUGGACGGGGACGUACGCGGCUUGUUCAUCGAGGACGGGGCGGUCGUGUUCGUGACUAUGUACAGCAAGACGAUGGGGAUGAGUGCCAAGGCCAAGGUGAUCCACCGGUAUUUGCCGCGCGAGGUGGGCGAAUUGGCGGUGUAUUACGUGUGGUUGGCGAUGCCGUUUUGGCGCAUGGUAGUGCAGAGGGCGAGCGAGGGCGCGGCGAUUUGGGGUAGCCCAUACAUUUGGGAGCCGCAAGCCGACCAGGCGUGGGCGUUCCCGGAGAUCAAGGAGGAGGGUGGCAAGAGGGGCGGCAAGAGAAAGCAGAGAGCGGUAGCGCAGGGGGCGAGGAAGAAGAAGAAGAGAAGGAUACAGGCACCGGGACGAUCGGGGCCGUCGGCUAGCGCGGUAGGCGACGACGAAGAGGGAGAGGCGUUCGAGCGAGAGUAUGGAGGAGAGCACGGAGAAGAGGGGGCCGGGCAGGCGAUAUGGAGUCAGCCGGAUACGUGGAGUACGGACCGGAUCAGCCGGCAGAUCGGCAAGGUAUCGUCGCAGUACAUGGGGGAGAAGCUGAGCAUCUUGUCGUGGCGGCACAGCGUCAAGGCGAUUUAUCGGCGGUACAUCAAGAACAAGGCGAUCAUGGACAUCAUCCAGCACGCGGAUACGGCGGAGGGGGAGGACGAAGAGGGCCAAGAUCUCGCUGGGCGGCCGGUCGGGGACGCGUUCCACGGGCAGAGCGGGCACGGGGCGCGGAUUGGCGAGGGCAUUUACGGUCGUUCGAUGGACGAGUCGCUGUUCAGCACGGAGGCGCGGCGGAUCGGGUUCCGGCGGGUGAGCCGCGAGUGGCACGCGUUUUGCAUGUUUGAUUCGGUGUUGCGGGAGAGCGGCGGUGGUCGGGCGAGGCCGUCGCGGUUGACGGACGUAGCGCGGCAGGCGGCGGAGGAGGAGGAGCGGCGGUGGAUGAAGAUGCGGCAGGUGGACGUCGGGGCGGAGUUGCGGCGGAUGUUGGGGCCGUCGGCACGGUUCCGCGGGGUGCAGGAGGCGGCAUUGGGGGCGAUCAUGCGGCAAGAGAGCCCGAUCGUGGUGGUGAUGGGCACGGGCGGGGGCAAGAGCAUGUUGUUCAUGCUGCCGGCGGCGUGCGCGGCGGCGGCGGGCGGGUUAACGGUGGUGAUAGUACCGCUGGUAUCGUUGCGGGGUGAUAUCAAGGACCGGUGCGACGAGUUGGGGAUCGAG